GAAAUCCACUACCAAAAUACGUCCGGGGAUUCGACAUCAAGGCAUUAGCAUUGUCUGACCGUCUGUUACCUUAUCUUAAUCCAGCUUUGGUAGCACACUUGACGUUGGCGAUAAAAUCAGAAUCACGCCUCUGCGGAGCCCUCCGCCCAUGGCCACUCUCAACCCUUCACCAGCCUUCUGGAGGCCCGCGGCCCUGCCAGUCUUCACCAGCCUCCUCGCCCUCUUUGGCGCCGCAGACGGGGUCUUUAAUCUCGCCAAGCCGGAAAAUGGGGCCGCGACCUUCGGCCUGGUCCCGCCGCGACGCGACUCCCUGACACCAAGCCAGUUCGACGCCUUCCACCACGCGCUCAUCAAGGUCAAGGGGGCCCGCAACCUGCACAUGUCCUCGUGCAUUCUGGCCCUGAUACUCUACGGCCAGUUUUCGGACGUCUGCCGCGCGUCACCGGUGGCUGCUGUGGCGGUGAGGCGGUGCGUAGGGAUCGUACUGACGCUGGGUGCGGGGGUUGGGUUCAGCGGGGCCGCUGUCGUAACAGAAUAUCUGAGGAGUCCAGACGCCUCUACGGAGGCUGUUGAAGUUGGGAUUGCGAAGGUCAAGGCGCACUUACUCACGAACGUGCCCAUAGUUGCUCUUGGCUUGGUAUACUUAUUUUACUGAAGGGGUUCUUGUAAGAUCGUCGUCCUUGACGUUCGCGGAUGUUGAAUAUGAGGCCGUGAAGUUACGUUGAAUAAUAAGCAGUGCUGUGGCAGUUGACCCAUUUAUGCGCCGUAAAUGUACGAUUUACCUAUACUCAAUAGUCCACGUACGCCAAAGCCACAAAAGAAUAUACCAAAUCAAAGCACGGCUAACAGCUAGUGAUUCUUGGCCUUUCU